GGCGCGCACAAGGCGGAGAACAAACUUGGCUAUGAACUAAAAUAGCACAGAGGCUAACUGUGGACAAGAAACCAAAAACACUUACUGUGACACGAAGGAACUAGGACAUGAGCAGAGUGAAACCAAAAGUAGACAGAGCUACAACGACAAGUAUUAAGAACAACGACACGACAGGUAGGAACGACAAUGAUCCAGCAAUGACUGGAGGAGAAGGCAGGUUUAAAUAGUAGCUGGCUGAUUGACACCAGGUGUGGCCAGGUGCCAAUCAGCCACAGCUGAGGGGAAGCAGCACUCAGGGAGACACUCAGGAAAUGAAGACAAAAUAAAAGCGCUGACAGGAAACUAAGACAAACACAGAGAAAAAACUAAAACAGUCAAACUGUCAGGGACAAGCCUGACACCUACGCAGUCAAAUAUUUAUUAAAAUCCUAAUUUUUUUCAAGGGCAAGUGUUAGUCCGCGCCUCAAGUGGUGGUGCUUGCCCAGGGUGCCAAACAGGCUGUGUGUCACUCAUUACAUUAUGUUACGUUCUUCCCUACGGAGGGCCGCUAUAAUGCACUAAUGAUGGUGGUGGUGGGAGUGGUGAAAUCAUGAGCUUGUACAUGACACUCCUUCAUCCCUCCCCUUCUUCGCUCUGUGUUUUGUUUGGGGUACACCACUCCUGUUCCUUGCGGGACAGUAAAUCUGAAGACCUCACCCACUCACAGAAGAAUAAUCAGUCUCUUCAUCUCCUCUUCAGGCUCAUCAUCUGUAGUUGUUCCUGGAGGAAAUGGCUUCCAAGGGGAAAAUGGGCUAUAAGUGUCGUAUUGCCUCAGUUCUGUUGCUCCUACUGACCAGCAUCGCUGCUCUCAUUGCUGUCACUGUUAUUCAGAGCAAGUGGAGGCUCAGCCAGCCUAUCUUACAGUACGGAAUAGUGAUCGACUCAGGUUCAUCCCGGUCCAACAUCUAUGUGUACAAGUGGCCCGGGGACAAGCAGAAUGAAACAGGAGUGGUGACGGAGAAAUCGAACUGCAGAGUGCCAGGUGAUGGAAUUUCAGCCAUGGGAAUCGACCCAAAUAAAGACAAAGAAUCAUGGGAAGGCUUCAAAAAAUGCAUGACGAAUGUCUCCGCAGAAAUUCCUCCGGAAAAGCACAACAGCACUUCUCUCUUCUUGGGGGCCACAGCCGGGAUGAGACUGUUACAAGAGCAGGAUCCACAGCGAGCUGCUGAAGUCCUAGAAAGUCUGAGAAAAUACCUGCAGUCGCUGCCCUUUGACUUCAAAAAUGCAUCCAUCAUUACUGGUCAGGAGGAAGGACUCUACGGAUGGAUUACUGUCAACUAUCUCUUGGGAAACUUCCUUGAGAAAAACACAUGGAAUACCUACAUUCGUCCACACGGGUCAAAGACUAUGGGCUCAAUGGAUCUUGGUGGCGCAUCAACACAGAUCGCCUUUGCGGCUGAGGAUGAGCUAAUGGGGCCUGACUACAUGCACAUCAAACUGUACGGUUACAACUACAACGUCUACACUCACAGUUUCCUCUGCUAUGGCAAAAAUGAGGCUGAGAAGAAGAUUUUGGACAAAAUCGUUCAGGGAUCAUCUAACCAUGUCAACAUUACCAACCCCUGCUACCCGGUGGACUAUGAGGUGACCUAUAAUGCCUCAACCAUUUAUGACACAGAGUGCACAAAGAAACCAAAAAACUACAACCCGGAUAAACAAUACCACAUGGUGGGUGUGGGUGACUCGAACCAAUGUCAGAGAGUAGUGGAAUCCCUAUUUGAUUUCAGCCCCUGUUAUCCUGCCCCCUGCUCCUUCAAUAAAGUCGAGCAGCCGCCAGUCACCGGGGAAUUCUCGGCAUAUGCAGGGUACUUCUUCAUUGCCAGAGCUCUGUUGAUGAACAAUGACACUUACGAUGUCAGACCAUCAGAGUAUGAUGAAUUCUACAACAAAACCAACCAAUUGUGCAGCACACCUUGGAGUGAGCUAAGGAAGGAGAAGCACUGGAUCGGUAUAAAACACCUUCGCACUUACUGCUUCGCCUCUCAUUACAUCUUCACUCUAAUGGCCAAAGGUUACAAAUUUGACAGAGACACAUGGAGAAACAUUCACUUCAUUAAUAAGGUGAAGAACACCAGCGUAGGUUGGAGUUUGGGAUACAUGCUGAGCAGCUCCAAUAUGAUACCAUCAGAGAUGGAAGAAGUCCCCCCGUUGACUAACCCCGUCUUUGCCGGUCUUGUCUUUUUAUUUUCAGCUCUAACCAUUGUUACUGUCAUCUUCAUUUUCAUUAUCCUUAUUCGCAUGUGCUACUGAGCACGUCUUUUUGUAUGCGUGUGUCCCGUUUUAAGAGCCUUGUUUACAGCUAAUGUGCUUGCAUUGUCUCAAAAUAUUUUACAAGUGGGUUCAGGAAGUUGAAUUAAUAUUAUGAAAGUAUGACAAAAUUAAUUAAAAGAGUAACAUGAAGCUGUAAACGUCUAGCUUUUGGCACAUGGGUCUCAAACUUGCGACCCAUAUUUUGUGGCCCUCGACUUCACUUAAUAGUUUAGUGCAGUGGUUCUCAAAUAUUUUUUAAUGAGUACCACCUCAGAAAACACUUGGUUCUGCAAGUACCACCAUAAUGAGCAACAUUAAAAUACAGUAGUGUAGUAGGCCCAAGUAUUCCUUAAAACCAAGGCAAAGGCUUAAUUUACCAAGUACCGUAAAUUUCGGACUAUAAGGCACCAAUUUUUCCUGCGCUUUUCCCCCUCCGGCUUAUAAAAUGGAGCAGCUAAUUUAUGGAUUUUUUUUUCCGCUGACAGCCUUUAUGAAAAAAGUAGAUUAAAGAAAGUGAAAAUACACUGAAUAGGUGUGUUAUUGGUGCCAUUUUAUGGACUAGUUCGCUCACUGCAGGUACUGGAGUGAUGCAUUGCCCUUCUGUUUAGAUUACUGCUUUCAACCGGAAGUACAAUUGCAGUUCAGUCCGCUACCCGUCAAUAACGUUUCUACUCAUAUGGAUUCUUCAUUUAUCAUUCAAAGCAACGUUUGUAAGUUUUACAGUGUAACUAAAACAAUUCUUACUUAAUUAACCGUUUUAUUUGUGAUGUCUAUAGUGUUUUCAUGCAUAUUUGUGCGUGCCAUUUUUAUGUAAUGAAGUUGUUAGCAUUAGCUAGUAUGCUAAAAAAUUUACAAGAGUCUGUGUUAGAACUAUUAACUUACAAUGGCAUUCUUUUUGUAUCGUUUCAGUUUCAUGAAUUCACCAAAACGUCACCGUGGACUUAUUGAGUCUGUUUAGCUGAUUGGAGAGCUAGCUUCCGCAGCUAAUGGGUCCGUGAAAAUGACUUUUGUUUUUGUUACUGCCAUGUUAAUGACACCGUUUGGAAACAAUUAAGUUAUAUAGAGAAAACAUUUACAAAGUCUUUCUGUGUAAAAAAAAAAGUAAUUUCACAACAUAUAUGCAGCUUAUAGUCUGGUGUGGCUAUUAUAUGGAAAGUAUUUUUUCUUCUAAAAUUUAGUGGGUGCGGCUUAUAUACCAGUGCGCUCCAUAGUCUGGAAAAUACAGAAUAUGCAAUAUUUUUGACAAGGUAGCAUUAAAUAUAGGAAAAUAAAACUAUACCACUUAAAUAAUGAAUAAAAAAUCAGGCGUACCACUCAACGUGCAUGUACCAAAGUUAGAGAAUCACUAGUUUAGUGUAAUCGCGGUCCACACACCCUGGAUGGCGAAUAGUUGAAUAUAACAUGGCAAUCUUGAAUUGCACUAGAUCGAGGUCUUUACAAUUACAAGGGGUUUGCAGAGGUACUGCAGGGGUAUUGCAGGCAUUUUAAUAAAUGCCUGCAAUAUAUACAAACAUUUAAAUGUAUUUAAAUACACAUUAACAUUGAUCCAACACACUUUAGUGUAGUUUAGAAGUGGCAGUGACACGGCCACACUCUUCAAUGCAAAUUGCUGGUUUAAAAUAAAAACAUGGAUACAUAAUUAUAUCAUUAUAUUCAUGUUAGCAAUUAUGAUAGCCAAGAAUUAGAGCUUUAGUUGCAAGCAAGCUAUUAGAGGCACUGUACUGUAAUAAUUGUAUAUAUGCGUGUUGCACAGUAUCAAUUGUAUACGUGGUCCCCGUUCCAUCUCACCGUAACUUUGGGGAUCCUUGGCCUGGAGAACGUUGAAGAUCCCUGCACUACACACUAACUUUACAACAAAAAUUACAGCACAACAAACACACUGGACAACACAAUGAGCAACUUGCGUUAAGUAAGCUGAAGUAUUAACCAAUUUAGUCACGUAUUUAAAACGUGAUUCUAAAGUGAAUACACUAUGCUCACCCAUGCUCUACUUCCAGUGGCCCUCAGUUAAAUUGAGUUUGAGACACCUGUGUUAGCAUAAACAUAAUAUGUUAAAGGGAGGACUAACAAUGAAAGAAUCAUAUUCUGUUAGUCAUUUGUAAUUACUUCAUAGAUAUAGCCCAAAAAAUUAGGAAGACCAUCGUAGAGUAUGAGGACCACUGAUUGUAGGCAGGCUCUAUCUAGUGGUACUUUUAGGAAUGCCAGAAACAGAAAAAUAAAAGUAAUAACUGUGCAAAAACAAAUGUAUUAGCCAAAUAUGUGUUGAAAGUGAAUUCAAACUAAAUGUCUCUCUGCGGGAAUUGUCUACAAUACUCCACAAGUUGCAGUCACCUGCAAGUAUAAGCCACAUAAUCAAAGCUACUGUAAACCGCAUAUGUAGCACAACGGUGGUAUUUGCAAAGCAAACUUUAUUUUUUUUUUUAGAUUAUGCUUUGUGUAAACCUUUAAGAAAUCAUUGCCAGAGGAAGCUUGCACAUAACUAAGUACAACAUAUUUCUGUGAGGACACAUAGCUCUUUUUAUAAUAACAAUAAUAAUAAUUGAUUAGAUUUAUGUAGCGCUUUACAGACAGAACUGAGAACCCAUCAUUCAUUAAGCGAUGUCUCUUACCUGCUGACCGUUUCCCGUGUAGCUUUCUUUAGUGACGUGUCUAACAAAAAAAAAAAUGAAACAACUUAAUUUGUUUGUACCUAUGUUUUAAGAAUAAAAAGACACAAACACAAAUGAUCAACCAUCGCCCCAGUACAGGAUUGUAGAAACAUUUUCCUAAGUAAUUUAACACUUGCAUACAUUUUGUACAUUAAAGAUGCUAAAAAAAACAUCCAAUGUAGGUCAAAGUGUGUUAAUAAGCUAGCUAAACAAAACAUGAAAAACAUUGUGUAAUAUUUAAAAAUCAUGAAUAAUAAAACAUUUUUACAACAUGUUGAGGGCCAAUAAAAACAUGCUCCAAAAAGACCCCCUUUUUAUUCAAUAGACUUAUUUUAUGUUUUUCAUGGCAAAAAGUGCUAAAGUUCUUUACUCGUCUUAUUGUUUUUGAAACACAUGGUAGUGCACGUCCCCUAAAAAAUGUUUUACUUACGCUAACAAAGCUAAACACCUAAAUGUAGCACAUACCCAAUACAGUUUCUUAAAAAAAAUGUUUUAUGAAUGAUAGCUUAUUUGACUAUUAUUUACAAAUUUAGGAAGCUUGUACAUAACUUAAAUGCAAUGCGUGUUCUUGUCGUUUGGUUUAAUUUUUGUACAUCAAGACUGAAACUUUAAUUUUACUGUAGUUUUGACUAUGAUCAUUUACAACACUGGAUUUGGAGGCAUUAUUGUAGUGUCUUCUUUUUAUUAAUUGUGCGAGGUGUUGUAAUUAACAGAAGAUGUUUUUUUUUUUUUUUUUAAAUCUCAGGGACACAAUAACAAUUAAUUCAACAUUUUACUUCCAAAAAGUCCUGACACCCUCCUGUUUUCUCUCCACUAAUAUAUACAGUAUGCACUUCAAUUGCACUAACUGCAUAUGCAAAACAAUAUCACUUGUUGUGUGUUAACUAAUUGGAAAACACUGAUUCUUAAAACUCAGUUGAGAUAGUGUGUAAGCUAAACAUACAUGUUAGAUGAAGCUCAUGUAUGCUAUUUGUGUAAAAAUAGAACAGUUGUGUAGUCUCUGUAUUGGGCAUUAGACAACCUUUUCCCCCUACCAAAAACUUGGCCUGCUGCACAAUUACCUAUUGUAAUUUCAAAAGCAAUGAAAUGACACUCAAGUAGGAUUUGCAAUAUUAUUUUAUUUUUUUAAGUUGUUUUAAUUGUAACGUUUUGCUGAGCAGUAGGUUGUAAUUAUUUUUCUCAUAAUGGAAGUUUUUCAUGGUAAUGUUUUUUUUUCUGUAUUGUCCAAAGAAAACGAUGAUUACAAAACAACUCAAUUCAAAGAGGUCAUGUCUGGCAGCAUGAAUGAAAUAAUAAAUGCCUUUUUUCAUCACUUAUGUUAGCACUGGACACAAUUAUGCAUGAUUCUAAUGUGAUGCAUUGACUGUGUCAUCUAUGUUUUGAUAA